AUGGCAUCUAACAGCACAAGAGACAAGCCAGACCCCAUGCCCCAGUUUGGGCUUUGGUUCUCCCUCACACUGGCAGGCCUCAUCGUCGGUGCCAACCUGCUCCUGGCAGUGGGAAUUGCUCAGGACCGCCGCCUCCGAAGCCCUCCUGCCGGAUGCUUCUUCCUAAGCUUGCUGAUGGCUGGACUGCUGACGGGGCUGGCUCUACCCACCCUCCCUGGGCUCUGGGGUCAGAGUAGGCAUGGGUACUGGCCCUGCCUCCUCCUCCACAUCGCCCCCAACUUCUCCUUCCUCUCUCUGCUCGCCAACAUCCUUCUGGUGCACGGAGAACGUUAUUUGGCCAUUCUGAGGCCCCUCAGCCCUCCCCGAGGAGUCUGCUGGGCCCUACUGGUGGCAUGGACUGCCCCCAUGCUCUUUGCCAGCCUGCCAGCAUUGGGCUGGAACCAUUGGGCACCUGGUGCCAACUGUACAUCCCAAGCCAUCUUCCCUGCCCCUUAUCUCUACCUCGAAGUUUAUGGCCUUCUACUGCCCUCUGUCGUGGCCACUGCCUUCCUCUCUAUCCGGGUGCUGGUCACUGCCCGGCACCAACUCCAGGAUAUAUGCCGGCUGGAGAGGGCAGUGUGCCGAGGUGGCCCUUCAGCACUGGCACGGGCCCUCACAUGGCGCCAGGCAAGGGCACAGGCAGGGGCCACGUUACUGUUCGGGCUGUGCUGGGGCCCCUAUGUUGCCACCCUCCUCCUCUCAGUGUUAGCAUUUGAGCAUCGACUCCCUCUGGGGCCCAACACCCUUCUGGCACUCAACUCUUUGGGCAGUGCCAGUGCUGCAGUUGUACCUAUGGCCAUGGGGCUUGGGGACCGGAGAUAUACAGCCCCUUGGAGGGAAGCUAUGCUGAGAUACUGGAGAGCCCUCCAGAGAACAGUCGCCCAUUGCAGAUCCCAGCCUGGACCCAGAGCCACCAACCAAGAUGGCAGCCCAGGCCAGGGAAAUGGUGACUGAGUGGGGAGUCAAGGGGCUCUUCCAAGACCCUGCUGCAGGGAUCCCGAGGGCCCAUCUCCCCUGCGCCUGCUCCAGGGUCCUUCCUUCUCCUGGGAAGACAGAGCCUCAAGUCCGAGUUAUCAUCCCUUCCAGGUGGCUCUUUUCACCAUUUUUGUCUGUUGGAAUAAAGUUACUCGGCCCAA